AUAUAUAUAUAUAUCUUCCCUUCUUUUUUAUGGGUAGAAAUCUAUGCUCACAUUAAAUAUGUUAUGUAAUGGUUGAUUGUAGAGUAUGGCAUGGGAAACAUGAUAUCAACAUAUGGUGAUGUUUAUAGUUAUGAGAUAUUAUUGUCAGAGAUGUUCACAGGAAAAAGGCCAACCAAUGACAUUUUCCAAGAUAACUUAAACCUUUGCAACUUUGUGAAAGUAGCUUUGUUAGAACAGAUAAUUGAUGACAUUAUUGAUCCCAUCCUUCUACGUGGAAGAGAAGGAGAGACACAAAUGAACAACAUUACUUGCAACGAGCGUCAAAAUGGAAGUGUAAGAAUUCAAGAAUGCGUGGUUUUGAUUUUCGAAAUUGGGGUUGCUUGUUCGGUUGAAUUUCCAAGAGAAAGGAUGAACAUGAGUGCUGUUAUGAUUGAGCUACAUUCAAUUCGACAGAAACUUCUUGGAACUAAUAUACGCAGACAAAGGCUUCAAUCCACAGUUUCUCAUCCUGUGUCCUAGAAGCUAUGUGCACCCUUUCCAGUUUUACCACAACAGAGAAGUCCGUGCUUGGUAUCACCGUAUCACUAUUAUUUCAAGCCAAGAGGAAAUUCAAUUAUU